CCCGCAGCUCCUUCCCAGGACAGCCGCCAGCCCAGCCUCCAGAUGGCCUACGUCCCUGCGCCGGGCUACCAGCCCACCUACAACCCGACUCUGCCCUACAACAGGCCCAUCCCAGGCGGCCUCAGUGUUGGAAUGUCAGUUUACAUCCAAGGAGUGGCCCACGAGAACAUGAAUCGGUUCUUUGUGAACUUCGUGGUGGGAAGCUCCCCGGGGUCAGACAUCGCGUUCCACUUCAAUCCCCGCUUUGACGGCUGGGACAAGGUGGUCUUCAACUCACAGCAAGGCGGCCGGUGGGGCCAGGAGGAGCGGAAGAAGAGCAUGCCCUUCAAGAGGGGCAGCGCCUUCGAGCUAGUCUUCAUGGUCCUGCCCGAGCACUACAAGGUAGUGGUGAACGGAAACCCCUUCUAUGAGUUCCAGCACCGGCUACCCUUACAGAUGGUCACCCACCUGCACGUGGAUGGGGACUUGAAGCUUCAAUCGAUCAACUUCCUCGGAGGCCAGCCUGCCCCAAGCCAGAAACCCAUGGCUAAGCCGCCUUACCAUGCUCCGGGAUAUGGUGGUGCUUCGGGCUACGGUGGUGCUCCGGGCUACGGUGGUGCUCCGGGCUACGGUGGUGCUCCGGGCUACGGUGGUGCUCCGGGAUACGGUGGUCCUCCCGCUCCGCAGGCGCAGAUGAACACCCUGCCGGUCAUGUCGGGACCCCCAGUCUUCAACCCGCCUGUGCCAUAUUUGGGGAGACUGCAAGGGGGGCUCAGCCCCCGAAGGACCAUCAUCAUCAAGGGCUUCAUACCCCCCACAGCCAAGAGCUUUGCCAUCAACUUCAAGGUGGGCUCCUCAGGGGACCGGGCACUGCACAUCAACCCCCGCCUGUCUGAGGGCGUUGUGGUCCGGAACAGCCAUCUGAAGGGCUCCUGGGGCUCCGAGGAGAGGAAGCUGCCCCACAACCCGUUUGUCCCCGGCCAGUUCUUCGAUCUCUCCAUUCGCUGCGGCACGGAUCGCUUCAAAGUGUACGCCAAUGGCCAGCACCUCUUCGACUACUCGCAUCGCCUCCCGGCCUUCCAGAGCGUGGACACGCUGGAAAUCCAGGGCGAUGUCACCUUGUCCUAUGUCCAGAUCUGAUCCACUCCUGGGCCCAGUUUGGGGCAAACAGAAAGAUCUGCUAGGAUUCCCUUCUAAGCCCCUAAUAAAAUGUGUGAGAGUGGCUCAA